AGUGACAAUAUCGAUAGAUAUUGAAAUUGCGAACGAAACGUAUGGUGGCCACGCAAAGGAAGAGCGAUCUCGGGGCUCUUUUCCGGUUGUACAGUGUCGUGUGAGAGAAUGAAGCAGAUAGUCACUAAUCAGACAGUUAAAAUCCCAGAGGGAUUAACUGUAACGGUUAAGUCACGUUUGGUGACAGUAAAAGGACCAAGAGGUGUUUUAAAACGUUCUUUCAAACAUCUAGCACUUGAUAUACGCAUGAUUAAUCCAAGGUUACUGAAAGUAGAAAAAUGGUUUGGCACAAAGAAAGAAUUAGCUGCAGUUCGUACUGUCUGCUCUCAUAUUGAAAAUAUGUUGAAAGGAGUGACAAAGGGAUAUCAAUACAAAAUGCGUGCUGUAUAUGCUCAUUUUCCCAUCAACUGUGUAACAACUGAGAAUAACACAGUAAUAGAAAUUCGUAAUUUUUUGGGUGAGAAAUAUAUACGACGGGUUAAAAUGGCUGCUGGUGUAACUGUUACGAAUUCUGCCAAACAAAAGGAUGAGUUAAUAAUAGAAGGCAACUCGUUAGAAGAUGUUUCACGAUCUGCUGCCCUCAUCCAGCAGUCAACUACUGUGAAAAACAAAGAUAUAAGAAAGUUCUUGGAUGGACUUUAUGUAUCUGAGAAAACUACUGUUGUACAAGAUGAUGAAUAAAUGUUAUUCUACAAAAAUGGA